AUGCUGCAGGCGGCAGGUAGUGGAAGCCCUUUGCGUCUCAAGCAAGCUGUGGUGGAAAUAAGCUCGUCAUUCAGAGGAAAGAAUUGUCCAAGUACUUGGGUGCAUGCAAAACAGUGCCUGGCCAGAGUUUUAGCAAGACGUGAAAUAUUGCACUGGGUCGUGGCAGUUGAAUUGCUAUUUCCAGAAAGGAUUCAGACUCCAGUGGCAUAUAGAAGACUGCUCUGUGCUCUCCAGUACAGCAUCCCCAGGCCUCCUGCUCUAAGUAUAGCUUCUUUUGACAAAAAAAGCCACAGAGAAGCAAGUCCCUCUCCAACACCAUCCAGUGAAUGGGAAGAGACCCCAUUGAUCUUCACGGUCAGACAAGAAAUGAAUAUGGGAGCCAGAGGAUCACCCAGGCAGGCCUGGGGCAGUUCAGUUCUGGAAUAGUGAAUGACAAAAACGCCUAUUCAGGUCCACUCAGUAAAUCCUAUGCACCUGGAGGCCACAGGCACACAUAUCAACAGGCACGUGAGAUUUCAGAACCAGCCCCCCUGUAAUUCCAAGGGAGAUUCUGUCCCAUCUGGUCUUACUCUGAGGCCAUACACUGCCGUCGGCCUCAACGGGAGAAGCCGGACCCCCUUUGCCUCGUCCAGGGUCUCCUGGAGUUUGUCAGAGCUUGAGCUGGAAGAGAGGAUGACACCCGCAGUAGGCGCACGGGCAAACCCAGAUUCCCAAAGCUGGCUCCUGGGUGCACCCGGGAAUUCAGUGGGAAGGGGCACAGUUGCCAUGGCACCAGAGAUGCUCCCCAGGCAUCUUCAUCCUCCCGGGAAAAGGGGGCCGGGGGCAGACGCCUCUCUCCCCAGCAGUCUGGCAGGAGCGCCCCUUCCUGUGCUUGCCCGUGCUCCCACCCAUCUCCCCUCCAAGAGGUUAAUCAAGGUUUGCUCCUCUCCGCCCUCCCGCCUACCCCCGCGUUUCCAUACGGUUUGUUCACAGGCCCCUCCUAGGCAGGUGAAUGCUCACUUACACUGA